CCAAUAAAGAUGACUACCAAAACAAAUUGUAAAAAUACGAUUUCUUCUUUAUGAUGAUUACAAGUAACUAGUCACCAAUCUCAUGCAAAUUUCCCCUUUAAAUACACAUGCAAUCCUCCUUUUCCCUUCAUCGAUCGAAUCACCAACUCCCUAACCACAAACCCAACUCUCUCUUCUCUCUCAUUUAUCAUUCUCUUACUUUAAAAAAACCAUGGCCUCCAAGAAUUCUCUGAUCCCGAGACUUAUCCUCUUUAGGCUUUUGGUAACCCUUUUCACGUACGCUCUAGUGAAAUCAGAACUCUUGGGAUGUCCAAUGCCACCGGAACUCACAGAUAGGCUUCAUGUCGAUCCUGCAGCCGUAGAAUCAACCUCCACCGAUUAUGGUAACAUAGUCCGCAACAAACCAGCAGCUGUUCUUUAUCCAUUAUCCGUGCAAGAUAUAUCCUGUCUCAUUGAAGCCUCCUUCACUUGUUCAACGCCUUUUGGAAUAUCCGCCAGAGGCAAUGGCCAUAGUACUCAUGGACAGGACUUGGUUAAUAAUGGGGUGGUGGUGGACAUGAAGGCUUUAAGAGAAAAGAAGAAAGGGAAUGGGAUUUUUAUCUCUAAAAGACCUUUGUUUGCUGAUGUUGGAGGUGAGCAGCUAUGGAUUGAUGUGCUAAAUGCAACAGUGAAACGAGGAGUUGCACCUGUUUCAUGGACUGAUUAUUUGGAGCUAACCGUUGGUGGGACUCUUUCUAAUGCUGGAAUUAGUGGACAAACUUUUCGAUUUGGUCCUCAGAUUAGAAACGUUUAUGAAUUGGAUGUUGUUACUGGAAAAGGAGAGCUCGUGACCUGCUCCGCAAAUAAGAAUUCUGAGCUGUUCUAUGGAGUCUUGGGCGGCUUAGGGCAAUUUGGGAUUAUAACCAGGGCAAGGAUUGCCUUAGCCCCCGCCUCCAAAAGGGUUCUGUGGGCGCAAAUACUUUACAGCAAUUUCUCAGGUUUUACCAGAGACCAAGAAAAUUUUAUUGCAAGGCAUGGAAGAAAAACAGGCAAUGGAAUGAGUUACUUGGAAGGUGGAGUUAUAUUGGACAAUGGUACUCCUAAUGCUUGGAGAACCUUCUUUUUCCCAGAAUCGUUUCUCCCAAGAAUUUCAUCCCUAGUAAAGAAACAUGGCAUCAUCUACAGUCUAGAAUUUGCCCUCAGCUAUGAUGGUGUCACCAAGAAAAUUUUUGAGCAGGAGAUGAAUCAGUUUAUCAAAGGGCUUGGCUCCAAGCCUGAAGUUAUUUACCAAAAAGAUGUCUCCUUGGUAGAAUUCUUAACCAGGGUCCAAAUCCAAGUUCAGAAGAAUGAAACCCAUCCAUGGCUAAAUCUCUUCAUACCAAAAUCUGGGAUCUCAAUCUUCAAUUCAGGAGUUUUCAGGGACAUUGUUCUUAAACGAAACAUUACUACAGGACCUGUCCUUUUCUAUCCCAUGUUCCGACACAAAUGGGAUGAUAGAAUGUCCGCAGCCAUUCCAGAUGAAGAUAUUUUCUACGCAGUAGGACUUCUAUAUACAAGUGGGAUUAAUGGUUGGCAGGUCUACGAGGAUCAGAACAAAGCAAUAUUAGGGUUCUGUGAGAAAGCUGGUAUCGUCGUUAAGCAGUAUCUUCCCAAUCAUGCAACUAAAGAAGAGUGGACUAAACAUUUUGGCUCGAAAUGGACAAAUUUUAUGGAAAAGAAAGCUAGGUUUGAUCCGAAAAACAUCUUGUCGCCUGGACAGAGAAUUUUCAACAAUAAUUAAUUAGCUUUUAUGUAAAAUCUUCUUUACAUAAUUACUUCUGGUCUACAAAUAAAUACUUUUUUUUUAUUAUUUUCUUUUGUGAAUCAUCAUU